CUUUUCUCCACCGGAAAUGACUCAAAAGUGAAAGUGAAAGCGGAUAAUUUUUGUGUCGAGAAAAACACGAAGCUCUUUGGAACAGAAUCGCAGUGAGUACAUGAAUAUAAAGCUGUAAUAUGUCAGUUUUAGGAUUAUUUACUAAAUGAAGAACAUUUCUGUGUUCACUUCCACAGCUGACUUUAAUCUUUAUUGAAUAACGCGGUGUGACGCAGUAACUUAACCUGAGGGAAGUUAACAGACCUGUGUGUCCUGCUGUGUUUCUUACACACAGUGUGUAAAGUUUACAGCUGUUAUUUAUUAAAGAGGGAAUAAUAUUCAUAUUCAUUAUAACAAUUCCUGACAUAUUUCCACUCUCUCUUCUUUAUCUCUAACACACACAAUAAGCAGAAAUAAACACGACGCCACUUCCUGUUUAGAAGGUAGUGUCACGUUUCAUGGGCGGAGACGGAAGCAGAUGCAGGUAUGCAGAGCAACGCAGUAUAAUCCAAGCAAUAAUUCCAAAGGGGUUAAAGGUGAAGUGCGUGGUCGUGAAACAGGCAGGGGUCAGGCGAUCAGGCAAACAAACAAAACAAGGCAAGGCAGAAAUCGGAGUCGAGAGCAGAAACAGUGGUCAACGUCACUUAUCAAAAAUGAGAACUGUAGAGAACAAGUCAGCUGAACGUUUACUUCACAAAGUCUUAUUGUUCCCAAAGUCUCUUAUAUGCUGUGUGUGUGUGUGUGUGUGUGUGAGAGAGAGAUUGGGUGCAGGUGUGUGUAGUUAUAACUCGGGGAAGGCGAGCGCAUGCGUGUGUGUGAAGUGUAGUCCUCAGCGGCCAUGUUUGUAGUUCGCGGUGCCUCCUGGGAAACUGAGUCACGGUUUGGCUGUGAUGUGACAGGUCGAAAAAACAUUUAAAGAUAAUGUUUUAAAAGAAACAGGUGUUUUGUCCAUAAUGGUAAAAAAUAAAAAUGGUUGUACUCCAAUGUGAAAUAAGUCGAUGGAGACACACAGAGUACAUUUCUGUUCCACACUCUAUAAGGAUCCCUUGGACAUUUUCACUUAGGGGUGUACUCACUUUUGUUGCCAGCGGUUUAGACAUUAAUGGCUGUGUGUUGAGUUAUUUUGAGGGGACAGAAAAUAUACACUGUUACACAAGCUGUACACUCACUUCUUUACAUUGUAGCAAAGUGUCACAUGACACUUGACAAAGUGUGUUGUCACAUGAAAAGAUAUAAUCAAAUAUUUACAAAAAUGUGAGGGGUGUACUCAGUUUGUGAGAUACUGUAAUUGGGGUUAUACAGUAUAUAUAUAUUAGUAAUUUAAAUUAUACCAAUUUUAUAUUCCCCUGUUGUUAUCUCAGCAGGACUCAGCUAAACUAAUACUGAGACAGCAGUCAUUAGACUUUCUGAAAUAAUGUCGGGGGAGUGUGAGGAACUCAGAAGAUCUGAAAUGAGUCAUCAAGAGGAGCAGCACAAGAUCCAAAGUGGAACUGUGGAAAGGUCAAAUUCUCCCGUAUCCAGCUGUGUGUCCUUUAAGAGUGACCGCUCACUGCCAACUCCUCCCGAAUUUAAAGGUGGAACAUCCUCUGUGGAAAGUGAAACUAAGGAAAGGCGUCUCUCGCCUGUAUCCAGCUGUGUGUCCUAUAAUAGUGACCGCUCAAUGCCGAUUCCUCACAACUUUAAAGAUGGAACAUCCUCUGUGGAAAGAAACCAAAAACAGAAACCAAAAAUCGACUGCAGAAAUCAGAUGGAGUCCAUAUUCAAGGAGCUGGAGCACAAAGUCAUCACUCUGUUGAAGAAUGAGCUGAACAGGUUCAAGAAGCUACUGAGUGCUGAUUUCCCAGCAUGCUCUGAGGAGAAGGAGGAGGAGGAUCUGCACUGUUUCAGAGAGGGUGUGCUGAAGAUCACACUGCACAUCCUGAAGAACAUGAAGCAGAAAGAUCUCGCUCACACACUGCAGAUCAAGCUGGCCUCUGUGUAUCAGCGAAAGCUCAAAUCCAGACUUCUAGAUAAAUGUAAAAGAAUUAAUGAAGGAAUCUCACAGCAUGGGACAUCAACACUUCUGAAUCAGAUCUACACAGAGCUCUACGUCACAGAGGGUGGGAGUGGAGACGUCAAUAAAGAACAUGAGGUGAGACAGAUUGAGACAGCGUCCAGGAGACCAGCAGCAGAGGAGACACCCAUCAAAUGUAAUGAGCUCUUUAAAGACAAGUCCAUCAGAAGUGUGCUGACUAAAGGAGUAGCUGGAAUUGGAAAAACAGUCUCUGUGCAGAAGAUCAUUCUGGACUGGGCUGAAGGGAAAGAGAAUCAGGACGUCACCUUCAUGUUUCCACUUCCCUUUAGAGAGCUGAAUUUGGUGAAGCAGGGGACCUUCAGUCUGAUGAGCCUUCUUCAUCAGUUUUUCCCUGACAUUAAGGACUUGGAAGUAAUAGACAGUGACACCUACAAAGUCCUGUUCAUCUUUGAUGGUCUGGAUGAGUGUCGACUUCCUCUAAAUUUCCAGAAGAAUGAGAUGUUGUGUGAUGUGACAGAGUCAGUCUCAGUGGAUGUGCUGCUGACAAACCUCAUCAAGGGGAAUCUGCUUCCCUCUGCUCACCUCUGGAUAACCACACGACCAGCAGCAGCCAAUCAGAUACCUCCGGAGUGUGUAGACCAGGUAACAGAUGUACGAGGGUUCAGUGAUCCUCAGAAAGAGGAGUACUUCAGGAAGAGGAUCAGUGAUCGGAGCCUGUGCAAUAAAAUCAUCUCACACAUGAAGUCUUCCAGAAGCCUCUACAUCAUGUGUCACAUCCCAGUCUUCUGCUGGAUCUCAGCCACUGUUCUAGAGAGAAUGUUGGGUGAAGCAGAGAUUGGAGAGAUCCCCAAGACUCUGACUCAAAUGUUCACACACUUCCUGAUCUUUCAGAUCAAACACAAGGACCAAAAGUACCAUCAGAAAUGUGACCUUGAUCUUCCCCAAGCCAGAGCGAGUAUCCUGGCACUGGGAAAGCUGGCUUUCCAACAGCUGGGGAAAGGAAACCUGAUGUUCUACGAGGAAGACCUGAGAGAGUGUGGCAUUGAUGUCCGAGAAGUGGCAGUGUACUCAGGAGUGUGUACCCAAAUCUUCAGAACAGAGUCUGGACUCCACCUGGGGAAAAUGUUCAGCUUUGUGCAUCUGAGUGUUCAGGAGUUUUUGGCUGCAUUAUAUGCAUUUCUCUGCUUCCUUGACAAAAACCCAACAAAAGAACAAACCACUGAUCUUUCUGGUCUUUUCAACAUAUCAGAAAUGUCUGACUUCCUCAAGAGUGCAGUGGAUCAGGCCUUACAGAGUGACAACGGACACUUGGAUCUUUUCCUCCGCUUCCUUCUGGGCCUCUCAGUGGAGUCUAAUCAGGAGCUCAUUCGAGGUCUGCUGACACACAAAGGAAACAGCUCUGACUGUCAGAAGGACAUAGUUGAGUACAUCAAGUUCAAGUUUGAACACAAUCCAUCUCCAGAGAGAUCCAUCAAUCUGUUCUACUGUCUGAACGAGUUACAUGAUGAUUCACUAGUGAAAGAGAUCCAAAGCUACAUGAGCUCUGGACGUCUCUCUGAAGCUGAACUCUCACCUGCUCAGUGGUCUGCUCUGGUCUUUGUGUUGCUGACAUCAGAGGAGGAUCUGGAAGUGUUUGAGCUACAGAAGUUCAUAAAGUCAGAUGAAUGCUUUAAGAGACUGCUACCAGUCGUCCGGGAAGCCACAAGAGUUCUGCUCAGCGAGUGUAACCUGACGGAGAGAAGCUGCUCGGCUUUACACACAGUUCUCAGCUCAGAAUCCUCCAAGCUGACUGAGGUGGAUCUGAGCAGUAAUCCUCUGGAGGACUCAGGAGUGAAGCUGCUUUGUGCUGGACUGAAGAGUCCAAACUGUAACCUGGAGAAACUGAGGCUCAGUGAGUGUAAUCUGACAGAGAAAGGAUGUUCAGCUCUGCUCACAGCUCUCAGAUCAGAAUCCUCCACCCUGAGGGAGCUGAAUCUGAGUAAGAACAGGAUUCAGGAUUCAGGAGUGAAGCUGCUCUCUGCAGUACUGAAGAAUAAAGACUGUAAACUGGAGACUGUGAGGCUCAGUGAGUGUAAUCUGACAGAGAAAGGAUGUUCAGCUCUGCUCACAGCUCUCAGAUCAGAAUCCUCCACCCUGAGGGAGCUGAAUCUGAGUAAGAACAGGAUUCAGGAUUCAGGAGUGAAGCUGCUCUCUGCAGAACUGAAGAAUAAAGACUGUAAACUGGAGACUGUGAGGCUCAGUGAGUGUAAUCUGACAGAGAAAGGAUGUUCAGCUCUGCUCACAGCUCUCAGAUCAGAAUCCUCCACCCUGAGGGAGCUGAAUCUGAGUAAGAACAGGAUUCAGGAUUCAGGAGUGAAGCUGCUCUCUGCAGAACUGAAGAAUAAAGACUGUAAACUGGAGACUGUGAGACUUUCAGACUGCAGUAUAACAGAGGAAGGAUACGCUGCUCUGGCUGAAGCUCUGAAAUCAUCACACCUGAAAGAGCUGGAUCUCAGAGGGAACAACCCUGGAGCAUCAGGAGUGAAGCUGCUCACUGAUGUACUACAGGAUCCACACUGUACACUGGAGACACUGAGGCUCAGUGAGUGUAAUCUGACAGAGAAAGGAUGUUCAGCUCUGCUCACAGCUCUCAGAUCAGAAUCCUCCACCCUGAGGGAGCUGAAUCUGAGUAAGAACAGGAUUCGGGAUUCAGGAGUGAAGCUGCUCUCUGCAGUACUGAAGAAUAAAGACUGUAAACUGGAGACUGUGAGACUUUCAGACUGCAGAAUAACAGAGGAAGGAUACGCUGCUCUGGCUGAAGCUCUGAAAUCAUCACACCUGAUAGAGCUGGAUCUCAGAGGGAACGACCCUGGAGCAUCAGGAGUGAAGCUGCUCACUGAUGUACUACAGGAUCCACACUGUACACUGGAGACACUGAGGCUGCUGAAAAGUGCUGAUGCAGAGAAGGCCUGUGAUUUUCUGACUGAGGUUCUGGGUAAAAACCCCUUACUGCAGAGGGAACUGGAUCUGAGUGGAAAAAUAAAAGGAGAUUCAGGAGUGAAGCAGCUCUCUGUUCUACUGGAGGAUUCACACUGCAGACCUGAGAGACUCAUGCUAAAGGGCUGUGGUGUUACAGAAGAAGGCUGUUCUGCUUUGACUUCAUCUUUUCAUUCAAAUCCUGCACACAUAAGAGAGAUGGAUCUGAGUGAGAAUAAAUGUGGAAACUCUGGAGUGCGGAAGCUUUGUGCACUGCUGCAACAUCAGCCCUGUAACCUGCAGAUACUGAGACUUUCAGACUGCAGAAUAACAGAGGAAGGAUACGCUGCUCUGGCUGAAGCUCUGAAAUCAUCACACCUGAUAGAGCUGGAUCUCAGAGGGAAUGACCCUGGAGCAUCAGGAGUGAAGCUGCUCACUGAUGUACUACAGGAUCCACACUGUACAGUGGAGACACUGAGGUUGUUGAAAAAUGCUGAUGCAGAGGAAGCCUACAAGUGUCUUACUAACAUUUUCAGAAGAAACCCCUUACUGCACACGGAGCUGGAUCUGAGAUACAACACACCUAAACACGUCAAAGUGAAGCAUCUCUCGGCUCUGCUGCAGGAUCCACAUUACAGACUGCAGAAACUCACGUUGUAUAAAGGAGGCAGUAUUACAGAAGAUGACUGUUCACAUUUGACUUCUGCUCUGGUUUUAAAUCCUUCACACCUGAGAGAGUUGGAUCUAAACUGGAAUAAACCAGGAGAGUCUGGAGUGAGAAAUCUGUGUGAUUUCCUGAAGAAUCCUAAAUGUAACCUGCAGAAACUAAAAUUAUGGAAGAGUGUAAGUGGGAAAUCCUGCACUGAUUUGGCUUCAGCUCUCUGUACAAAUCCAUCACACAUCAGAGAGCUGGAUCUGAGUGAGUGUGAACUAGGAGACUCAGGAGUGGAGAAGCUCUGUGAUCUACUGAAGAAACACGAGUGUAAACUGGAGAAACUGGGAUUAUGGAACAGUGUAAAUGAGAAAUCCUGCACUGAUUUGGCUUCAGCUCUCUGUACAAAUCCAUCACACAUCAGAGAGCUGGAUCUGAGUGAGUGUAAACUAGGAGACUCAGGAGUGGAGAAGCUCUGUGAUCUACUGAAGAAACACGAGUGUAAACUGGAGAAACUGCUGUGAGUAACUCAGUGAUGUGAUGAAACAGCUUUAUAAUAAAAAGCACUAACCAGAACAAAGCUCUUACCAGUCCUAGCUAGUAAUGUCUAACUAACGUGUCUAACUUGCUCUCUAGAUUAGAUUUAUUAUCAGUAAUAAAGAUUAAAAUAUAGAAAGACACUAAAUCUGCUUUUCCCGACUCCUGAUCUGAGUUUCUUUUCAUUCUCAGUGCUUUAUAUCGGAGUUUAAACCAGAAAACAAACCGCAAGACAACAAAUCUUCUAACAGUGACAUACAUUGUCUCUGCACUAGUGUUGUCAGAAAUAUAGAUUUUUCAAUACAUAUCGAAUCUGAAUAUUUGAAACGGUUUCAAUUCUCAUUUUUGGCAACAACGAUACACUGAUACCUGCUGCGCUUUCUCUCGCUAUUCUAUUUGGAAAUAUUUCAGAUUUAAUGCAAAUGAACACGGAAAGGUGAAGGACACGAGCAAGCCAGUAUGCAAGCGUUGCUACAGAGCAGUGCUAACAAAAGGUGCUAACACCACUAAUUUAGCAAAGCACCUGAAGGAGCGACUCGCGGACCUAGAUAAAGAAUUUGGGGAGUUUUGUAACCGCUCCCAGUUUAACAUCACUGAAGCAUUAAACAAGACGGCCCAGUAAACUGUUGUUGAUGAGUGUGUUGUCCCGUUGUAAUUCUCAAAGCUAAGCUAAUCCCCCUCAGAGCUAUCAGGCCUGAGGAAUCUCAGACAGCAGAGUUUCAGUUGAGAAGAAAACACUUUGACUAUGGUCAAAAGUAAAUGAACUUAGAUACUGUUGUGUUUAAAGGGAAAGUUCACCCAAAAAUGAAAGUUCU